AUGGAGACGGGGCUGUGCUAUGCGCGCUGCCCCCUCGGCUCCGUCGGCGUCGGCUGCAGCUGCUGGCGCGACGGCCGCAGCACCUGGCGCGGCUGCGGCGUGCGGCCCCGCACCUGCCGCGCCCGCAGCUUCCGGCCGCCGGCGCUGCCGCCGGUGCCGGCGGCUGAGCGCGGGCGGCCGUUCACGCUGCUGCUCUCGGCUGACCCGCAGCUGUGGCGCAACUACACAAAGUAUGACGACCGCGCCGGCGCGGAGCGCAUCAACCGCCGCCUGGUCCGCUCCAUCAACGCCGUGCGCGACCUGAAAGCCUGGCCCGCGGACGCGGGCGGCGGGGAGGUCGAGGAGCCGCGGUCCAUGAACCAUGACUACGUGAACAACGUCGGCCACUGCAGCGAGAAGGCCGUGGACAGCAGCUUCUGCCCCAAGUGGGCCGUCGCGAUGAUGCGCUCCGCGCUCUCCCCGGACUGCCCCUCCUCACACUGGGCCGGACUGCCAAAGUCCAACGUCACCAGCCUGGACAUCGGGUCCAUGUCGUACUCGUUCGGCUACGGGCGUUACUAUUUCAUCGUACUGCAGCACAGCCCGCGGUACGAGGCGCGGGAGAUCGGGAUCGCGGGCUCCAUGGGCUGGCUGGCGCGGGAGCUCGCCAUGGCGACCGCCGCUGGGCGCCGCGUCGUGCUGCUGCUGCACGCGCACAAGGAGCUGCAGCUGGCCUACGACCCGACGUUCAGCCGCCUGGUGGAGAACAGCAACGUGGUCGCGAUAUUCUACGGCCACGUGCACAUCCGCCCGUGGGGCCUCGUCGGGCGGUACCCCAACACGAGCGUACCGAUGUACAACUGCGGGGCCGCCUGGUACAACGUGUACUGCCUGGCGGAGUUUGGGGAGGACAGCAUGCGGGUCGGCGCGGUCGCGCACUACGGGGACGCGGUGCCGACCUGGUUCGGCACGAGCCUGCACAGCCUGCCGCGCGGGCAGCGGGGCAAGCCGGUGCUGGAGGUGUUCGUGCCAAACCCCAACGUCACGACAUGGUGGAAGCCAGCGUCCGCGAACGCCUCGACCGGCGCGGACGCGGUGGCGGAUGAUGCGCAGGCGUCAGGCGGCGGCAGCGGGGCGCUCGUGCCCGCAGGCUCGGCCGCAGGCGGCAGCGGCGGCGGCGACGGUGACGGCAAUGGCGGCGGCGCGGGCGUCGGCCCCGCGGGCAAGUGGUCUAUCAAAGGGCGACGGCUCCUCGCUCGGGGCAGUUGGCGGGGGCUGCCAUGGCCACUGCACCAGUGA